CACCAUGAUGAGCGGCUACGCGGACGGCGAGGAGGACGCGGUGGCGAUGCUGGCCCAUGACGGCGGCGGCAGCAAGGAGCCGGAGCGGGGCAAGGAGGAACUGAGCGCCGAGAAGGGCCCCGAAAAGCCGGACCCGUCGCAGAAGCCCCCCUACUCCUACGUGGCCCUGAUCGCAAUGGCCAUACGGGAGAGCGCCGAGAAGAGGCUCACGCUGUCCGGGAUCUACCAGUACAUCAUCAGCAAGUUCCCUUUCUAUGAGAAGAACAAGAAGGGCUGGCAGAACAGCAUCCGCCACAACCUCAGUCUCAACGAGUGUUUCAUCAAGGUGCCCCGCGAGGGCGGCGGGGAGCGCAAGGGCAACUACUGGACGCUGGACCCCGCCUGCGAGGACAUGUUCGAGAAGGGCAACUACCGCCGGCGGCGGAGGAUGAAGCGGCCCUUCCGGCCGCCCCCGACUCACUUCCAGCCCGGCAAGAGCCUCUUCGGCCCCGACGGCUACGGCUACCUCUCCCCGCCCAAGUACCUGCAGUCCACCUUCAUGAACAACUCGUGGCCGCUGCCGCAGCCCCCCGCGCCCGUGCCCUACGCCUCCUGCCAGAUGUCCGGCGGCAGCGUCAGCCCCGUCAACGUGAAAGGACUCUCGGGCCCUGCCUCCUACGGCCCCUACUCGCGGGUGCAGAGUGUGGCGCUACCCGGCAUGGUGAACUCCUACAACGGCGUGGCCCACCCGCACCACCCGCACGCCCACCACCCGCAGCAGCUGGGCCCGGCCAGCCCCGCGCCUCCCGCCGCCCCGGCCGCGAACGGAGCCGGCCUCCAGUUCGCCUGCGCCCGCCAGCCCGCCGAGCUGUCCGUCAUGCACUGUUCCUACUGGGAGCACGACAGCAAACACGGCGCCCUGCACUCCCGCAUUGACAUCUAGGGAACGGGUCCCCGCCGCCGCCGCGC